GAGGAAAAGGAGUCUGAAGACCCCAAAGAACUUUACCUCAAGGCUUGUACAAAAUUCAAAACAAUGGAAAUCAAAAGGGUGACCAAUUACCUUGAUAGCGCUGAAAUUAAUCUAAAAUAUAGAAAUAUUGGACCAAUGGGUGCAAAAGCUUUGGCUGCUGGUCUUGUGACUAACAUGUGCGUGAAGACAUUGUGCAUCAGUAACUGUGGUCUGGAGGGACAAGGUGCUGCUUAUAUACUAGAGAUGCUCCAACAGAAUAACACGAUAACACACUUGGACAUGUCUAGCAACCAGAUGGGCACAGAUGGCGCUAUGGCUCUGGCAGAUAUGUUCAAGUUCAAUACAUCAGUUACACAUCUGAAUUUAUCAGACAACCAAUUUCGUGAUUGGGACGGAAUAUGGAUCGCAGCUGCCAUUGAGUAUUCAGACCAACUUAACUACUUAAAUAUAGCUCACAAUGGCUUUAGUGAGGAAGGUGCAAAAUUUAUUGGACUUGCAAUAGCCGGGAACAGCACUUUGGAGACCCUGGACAUGAGUUUCAACAAACUGAGGCGCGAGGGAGCUGUAUCCAUCUGUAAAGCUAUCAGGGAUAACUUCUAUAUAACGAAGCUAGAUUUAUCUUGGAAUGGACUUGGUUUUGAGGGGGCGUUGACACUAGGUCACUCCAUAUACGAGAAUAGAUACCUAUUGGAACUAGACAUCAGCAACAAUAGAAUAAAUUGGGAAGGAGCGUUUUACUUUUCAAAGCACCUAAAACAUAAUGAUAGUCUUGAAGUUGUUAAGUUUGGUUAUAACCCCAUCACUACAACUGGCUGCCUGGACUUGCUGGAGAGUGUCACAGAAGAGGGGAGUGCCGUCAAACACCUUGGCUUAGAUGGAAUACCUGUGAACAGUAAGAUACUCUACAUUGGGGAGAUGCUAGCGAAAUCUAGACCCUUCAAACUAUCCUAUGGCGAUGUGGUGUCUGGUGACGACAUGCUUGGAAAGAGAUACGUUGAGGAAUAUCGCAGAGUUAUGCGUGGUGACCCAUUGAAGAUCUUGCUACAGUAUUUGGCAGACAAGAAGAUACGCAUAAU